AGAAAAUGGUUGAAAAGCGAGUGAAGAUACGAGUAGAACAUCGUCAGAAAUUAUUUUAUGAAAGACUACUCCGUGCUUGGAAGGAAAAAAUGGAAGAUACGAAAUUCAAAUACGGGAUUUAUAAAGCGUAUACUCAUCUCAAACAUUAUCCAUUGGAAGUGUGCACAAUCACGGACCUCAAACAGAUUCACGGGAUAGGGGAGCAUCUGGCUGUUCGCUGCCAUGCAGCAUGGGAAGCAGCAGUUGCCGCUCAUUCAGAAGAACUUGAUCUCAAAACUAUAAAGAAACUAACCGAUGAAGAACUGAUGGACUACUUGUACAACGGGAGAAAAAGGAAAAACACAGCUGCAGUUGUCACUUCUGGUGAACGGACGAGUCCAGCCAAGGCAAAAAAACGAAAAAAACAAAGUAAACCCGACAAUGUCGAGCAGCCUACCGAUGUGCUCUUGCCUUCCGAAAGCAAUGUCCAGUCAACUUCGGAAAACAAUGCGGAAUUUGUUAGUCCUCCAGAAUCACCCGAAGCUGCAAAAGAAGACAUUCACUAUAUUACCUGUCAACCCACCGAGCAUGCUGAGGUAGUGCUAAUCGCUGACAGCCGAGAAGAUCACGGUGGCACACGUAGAAAUACAGUUGUUGAUUGUCUUACGGCUUCCAGUUACAGGGUAGAAAUGCGCUCACUUUCGGUUGGCGAUUAUCUAUGGGUUCUGCGUAAGAUCGAUGGUACAGAAAUCGUACUGGAUUGGGUAGUGGAGAGAAAAACAUGGGAUGAUCUGAGACAAAGCAUAAGAAUGGGAAGAUAUGAGGAACAAAAACAACGACUACGCCAUGCUCCCAUGAAAAAUGUUGUCUAUCUGGUAGAAGGCACCUUCACGCCAGAUUAUGCAGCUUGUGAACAGGCUUUGGCAACGACUAUGAUAAGGCAUGGCUUCAUGAUUCAGAGGACCAAAUCUCCCAAGGAUACUGCGCAGUUUCUAUGUCGUCUCACUGAUCACCUCAAAGAAACUAUGCUUACGCGUCAGAUGACAGGUAUCUCGUAUGAAAGUCUACAAAUUCUUUCAAAGAAAGCACGAGCGGAUACGGUAAAGGAUACAUGGAUAAGGCAGCUAAUGGUUUGUCCCGGAAUGUCAGCUGAGCGCGCACAGAAAGUAGCUUACCGAUUCCCAUCUAUGGCAGCUAUGAUACAGCAGUACUCACAAACAAAUGAUGCUGAUUCUAACUCUUUGCUUUCAUCAACUGUGCCAGAGAUCAAUCGUGCACUUAGCGCACAAAUGCGAAAGUUUUUCAGUUCUGUCACUCCUGAUACAUCCACUACCUAAACUAGU